AUUUGAUCGUAGUUUGAUACAUUCAUGAUAAUUCUAGAACCUUCUCACCUGGUGAAAACCCAAAACGCCACGUGGGCGCCCUUUCUCUCUUUCUCUAGAACAAUCCAACGGUCUCAUUUCGCGUACCCUCCACAUUUUUAUCAGCACCUCCUAAAAACCCUAAACCCUUCAACCCAAACCCAAAAUUUUCUCUCUAUUCUCGUCUCGCAAGAACAAAUCGACCCAUCAAUCCAAUGGCGACCUCAGUGUUGCUCAGAUCGAUCCGUCGACGCGACAUCUGUUCCGCUUCUUUCACUACCUUCAAAUCCUUGACUGGAAAUGCUAAGUCAUCAUGGGCUACUUCGCAUUUGGGUCACAAGUGGGCCAGUUUGGCCAGACCAUUUAGCACAAAGCCUGCUGGUAAUGAUGUUAUUGGAAUUGACUUGGGUACUACAAACUCCUGUGUUGCAGUCAUGGAGGGCAAAAAUCCCAAAGUGAUUGAGAAUUCUGAAGGUUCUCGGACCACACCAUCAGUGGUUGCCUUUAACCAGAAAGGAGAGCUCCUUGUUGGUACUCCUGCUAAACGUCAAGCUGUGACCAAUCCAACCAACACGAUUUUUGGCACCAAGCGUCUUAUUGGCAGAAAGUUUGAUGAUUCGCAGACGCAGAAAGAAAUGCAGAUGGUCCCAUACAAGAUAGUCAGGGCUCCCAAUGGAGAUGCUUGGGUUGAAGCUAAUGGGCAGCAAUAUUCUCCAAGCCAAAUUGGAGCCUUCAUUCUGGUCAAAAUGAAAGAAACUGCUGAAUCUUACCUUGGCAAGACAAUCACCAAAGCUGUGAUCACUGUUCCAGCUUAUUUUAAUGAUGCUCAAAGGCAAGCUACAAAGGAUGCUGGGCGAAUUUCAGGCCUCGAUGUGCAGAGAAUCAUUAAUGAACCUACUGCUGCUGCGCUUUCAUAUGGUAUGAACAACAAGGAGGGUCUCAUAGCAGUUUUUGAUCUUGGGGGUGGAACUUUUGAUGUUUCCAUCUUGGAGAUUUCUAAUGGUGUUUUUGAGGUGAAAGCAACAAAUGGGGAUACAUUUUUGGGAGGAGAGGACUUCGACAAUACCCUGUUGGAGUACUUGGUGAAUGAGUUCAAGAGAACUGAGGGGAUUGAUUUGUCAAAAGACAGACUUGCUCUACAGAGACUUCGGGAAGCAGCUGAGAAAGCUAAGAUAGAACUCUCCUCAACAACGCAGACAGAAAUUAAUCUCCCAUUCAUCACAGCUGAUGCGACUGGUGCAAAGCAUUUGAAUAUCACACUGACAAGAUCGAAAUUUGAGAGUUUGGUGAACCACUUGAUUGAGAGGACCAAGAGCCCAUGCAAGAGCUGUUUGAAGGAUGCUGGCAUAUCAACCAAGGAUGUGGAUGAGGUUCUUCUUGUGGGAGGGAUGACCCGUGUGCCAAAAGUGCAGGAAGUAGUUACAGAAAUCUUUGGUAAGAGCCCAAGCAAAGGGGUGAAUCCUGAUGAGGCAGUUGCCAUGGGAGCUGCAAUUCAGGGUGGCAUUCUUCGAGGAGAUGUAAAGGAGUUGCUUCUCCUUGAUGUCACUCCUUUGUCCCUUGGUAUUGAGACAUUGGGCGGUAUCUUCACCAGAUUGAUCAAUAGGAACACAACCAUUCCAACAAAGAAGAGCCAAGUGUUUUCAACAGCAGCUGACAACCAAGUUCAGGUGGGUAUAAAAGUACUGCAAGGUGAGCGAGAAAUGGCAUCUGACAAUAAACUCCUUGGUGAGUUUGAGCUUGUAGGCAUUCCUCCUGCUCCUAGAGGCAUGCCUCAGAUAGAAGUCGCAUUUGACAUUGAUGCCAAUGGUAUCGUCACUGUUUCUGCAAAGGACAAGACGACUGGGAAGGAACAACAGAUCACUAUACGUUCAUCUGGAGGGCUCUCUGAAGAUGAGAUUGAGAAAAUGGUUAAGGAAGCCGAGAUGCAUGCCCAGAGGGAUCAAGAAAGGAAGACCCUCAUUGAUCUCAGAAACACUGCAGACACAACAAUCUACAGUAUUGAGAAGAGCUUUAAUGAGUACAGGGACAAGAUUCCAAGUGAAGUGGCGUCGGAGAUUCAGUCUGCUAUAGCCGAUUUGAGGAAAGUGACAGAAACUGAUAACAUUGAAGAGAUCAAAUCGAAGCUUGAUGCUGCAAACAAGGCUGUCUCAAAGAUCGGGCAGCACAUGUCAGGGGGUGGUGGGGGUUCCAGUGGUGGUUCCUCCUCUGGAGGUGGUUCUCAGGGCGGUGACCAAGCUCCCGAGGCAGAGUAUGAGGAGGUGAAGAAGUAGGGAGGCAAUUUGAGGAUGUAAUCAGGUAAAGCUGUUAUUUUCCUUUUGAUUCCAGCAUACAAUGUUUUAAGCAGUUUUGUAUCUAAAAUCUUUAGAAUUUGGGUGUACUAGGGUUCCUUAUUUGUCAGGUAAUACCUGUGCGAUUUAGCACUUUUGUGGCAGAUAAGUGAAUUAUUUUAGCAGAGCGCAAUUUCACUAAUGAAGUUGAUUGUGUGACAUGGUUAUAAUCUUUUAAGUUGUGAUGUAGAGUCCGAAAUAUUUGAUUGUUUUAUUUAUUAUUUUUAAAUCUGUGUUUAUGAUGGUAUGAU